AAUUCCAUGUACAAAUCUUAACAAAUCAAAAAAAAAAGUUAAACACAAAUCACUUCUUCAUCCUCAAAACUUCCCUUUUCCUCCAUUUUUUUGUCUGCUGUCACACAUUCUUCAGGUGAAAAGGGUGUCAUUGAUUUAAAGAUCGAUUUUUUUUCGCCUUAGACUCGUUACCUUGUUCGAUUGGAGAAGUGGGUUGUUCAUAGAUGGCGAAAAGGGGUGCAGAGGAGAUGAGAAAUGAAAUGGUGGCAGCUGAAGGAGAGAUAAAAAUGGAGAAUUUUGAAAAGGGUGUUGUUGAAUCUCAUCCUUAUGCAUUUCAUGUUUCUGGACCAAGAAAUGUUGCCUCUCCAAAUUGGAGAGAUCUUAUUAAUUCAAGUUGGAAGGAUGCUAACUACAAAAGAACAGUAAUGGCCUGCUUUGUUCAAGCAGUUUACCUUCUCGAGAUCGACAGACAAGAAAACAGGACAGAAGAAAAUGCACUAGCUCCAAAAUGGUUGAUACCUUUCAAGUACAAGUUAGUCGAGACUUUAAAUGACGAAAGAGAUGGAUCCAUUUUCGGUGCAAUCUUAGAAUGGGAUAGAUCUGCAGCAUUGUCCGAUUUCAUGCUCAUCAGACCGAGUGGUGCACCAAGGGCUGUCGUGGCCUUAAGAGGAACUCUUCUCAAAAGCCAAACAAUGAGAAGGGAUAUUGAAGAUGAUCUCCGUUUCUUAGCUUGGGAAAGUCUGAAAGGUUCUGUUAGAUUCAAUGCAGCCCUCAAUGCUCUAAAAUCAAUUGCCACCAAAUAUGGCAGCAACAAUGUGUGUAUUGUAGGACAUUCACUUGGAGCUGGAUUUGCUCUCCAAGUAGGAAAAGCGUUAGCGAAAGAAGGCAUACAUGUAGAAGCACAUUUGUUCAAUCCACCCUCAGUUUCACUUGCUAUGAGCUUAAGAAACAUAGGCGAAAAAGCUGGUGUCACAUGGAAAAGGCUCAAAUCAAUGCUCCCUUCGAAUCCUCACACUCAAACGAGCUACGAGGGAAAUGAUACUCAAUCUUUUCAGAUAGGCCUAAAGCCAUGGGUGCCACAUUUGUACAUUAACAAUAGUGAUUACAUAUGUUGCUCUUAUACUGAUCAAGAAAAGAAUGGAUUACAAGACAAGAAUGAUGAGGGUGAUAAAGAGAAUGCAAAACCAAGAAAUGGACAACAAGUUGUUGCUGCUGCAAAGCUUUUUUUGUCAACUAACAAAGGGAAACAAAAGUUUCUUGAGGCACAUGGAUUGGAGCAAUGGUGGUCUGAUAAUUUGGAACUACAAAUGGCUAUUAGUAACAGCAAGCUUAUUAGUCAGCAAUUGAAAUCUUUGUACACUCUUCCUGCUUCUCAACUAACACAACCAAAGCGCGGUCAAUGAACGAAACUGCUUUCAGAAAUGUCAUCUGGUGCACGGUUGGAUCUUCCAAAAGUAGUGCAUUUUUAAAGGAUCUCACAUGUUCGAGCAACAUAUAUAGUCAUCCCAUAAAUAACUCAUACUCUCACUCCCAUUAUUUUCCAACUCACCAUGUUUGUGUUCAUUUUUUUAUACUCAUACCAUACCCCCUUAUGUUGCUCGGACUCUCAAAAAUGUCAUCUGAUGUGUGUUGGAUCUUCCAAUAGUAUUGUAUUUUGGAGGAUCCGUCACAUUUGAGCAACAUAUAUACUCAUUCCCAUGUUUG